UAUUAUUCAAAGUUCAAACGCUUCUUCUCCACGACUUCCAAACCUUCCUUCAGCUGGCUUUUUAUUUACCCGGACUCUGGUCUGGAGAUCCGCACCUAAGAAACUACCUCUCUCUUUCAUUUUCACCACUUUUCAUUUCAAAUCCUUCUUUAUAUAACAGCCUCUCCUUAUUCCUUUCAUUUCUGGCCUCCAUCUCUGCUCUCUCCUCUUUAUCUUCCUCUCUCUCUCCCUCUGCCAUGUUCGUAGAGGAGCUCCUGUCCAAGUUUCUGAAGGUGAAUUAAUCUCUUUCUCCACCAGCCAUUUUGUAUCUUAAAUGCUCACUGAAUGUCUGAUUCAGCCCUUCUAACCUGUCGCCAUUUCUGUUACUCCUAUUGCUUCCUCAUCCUAUCCUCCCCCUCCGGCCGUCCCCACUGUAAAUCUCCAUAGAUCUAGAACAGCAUCGCUACAGGAUUGAGCUUUCUUCUUCUAAGUUCGAAGCCAUGGCUUCGCUGAGUUCUGGUCCAGCCAUCGAGUCCAAACGGAGAAAGCCUUUCUUGGUCGAACAGAGACCUCUAAUGCUGAAAGAUUUUCUCAGUGAAGAUUUCAACUCAUGUUCAUCGAGUGGCUUUCAAUCGUUUCCUCGUCGUUCAUGUUUUACUACAGUGGGAAAUCUACUUGAAAUGGAUCGCAAAUCUAGAGCCUCCAACCAACGGAGAAGACUGUUCAGAAGACGAUCCAAGUCCGCAUCGACGACGAUUUCUGCAUUGCAUAAGGCAUCGGAAGCCGUGCUAACUGCUAUCAAGUACUUCCCAUUCUCCCCUACUAAGUCCCCGUCGCCACCGCAGAAUAACCGACCUAAACUAGGGAUCCUACCAAGAAGCCUCUCCCGGAGAUUGAGAGGGAGUUUCUGGAAAAAGAAUGAUAAAGAGGACCACGAGAUCAAGGUCACUACUAGGGUUAAAGACAUUGUACGGUGGAGAUCAUUCCGAGAUUUAAUCGAGGAAAAACCAAAACCGUUGGAUUUCUCUUCUUCUCUACGAAGUAGAAGUACCACCACCACCACCAAUACUACUACCACUACCUCAUCCAGAACAACCAGUAACAGUAGCAGUUGGUCUGAUAGUGAUUUCACGUCGGAUUAUUUACAGUCGUCUAGUGUUAGUUCUGAGUACUCGGGUGAAAAUGAGGGUGAAGAGGGUAAAAGAUGUUCAUCAGAACCAGACGAAGAGAAAUUAAGCAAUAAGGCCAGUGAGCUUUCUGUGGAGACAAAUGCCUAUGCUUUACAAACUAAUAAGGUGAAGAGUGAGUCCCCGUACAGGGAGAAGGAGCAAUUUAGUCCAGUUUCGGUGCUUAAUUUUCCGUACGAGGAAGAUGAGGAGACUGAGAACUCAUCCUUCCACCAGAGCCUUCCAGACAUUGAGAGUACGUCACUAAAUAGGGCCAAGCAGAAGAAGAAGCAGAAGAUCAUCCAACGGCAUGGGAAUCCGAUCAGUCGGCUGGGACCAGUCAACCUUGAGAAACGGAUUGCCUUGUCAGAGCUCGAUGACUGGAUAGAGUGCCUCCGUGGCUCGUCCUCCAUCUCCAUUCAAGAUGACACCACAUCACCAAAAAUCCAAGUAGACGAAGAAGCAAUUAAGGCAGAAGAAAGAGCAAUGGAAUUGCUUAAUCAUAUCAAAGCAACAGGCUUAUUGCAGAACCGUAAAGAAAACAUGGGUCAUAUACUGGUUGAUUUCUUUAGGGAUGGAGUGACGGGUAUGAACCAAGUGGAAGAAGGCAGCAAUGAGGUUAAUUACUACAAGUUGUUGAAGGUGGCCAGGGAUUGGGUGGAUGGGAAGCACUACGAGUUAGGAUGGGGGUUUGAGAAUGAUAGGGCGGCUUGUUUUAGAGAUGAUAUGGAGAGUGGAGGAAGGUGGAGCAAGUUUUGGGAGGAACAAGGGGAGCUUGCUUUGGAGAUGGAGAUUAGAGUUUGGGGAUCUUUGGUAGACGAGUUGUUGCUUGAUCUCUUGUCUUGAGAGAUCUAACCUUGGAACAAUAACAUAAGAACAGAUCGCUGGGAAAGACAUACAGGUGAAUGGUUGUCAAAUUGCCCCCAACCUGCUUAAUUUUAUCAAAUGAUGAAUAGACAUUGAACUCGGAAGCUAAUAGAGAAGGCUCAAAGAGUCUGGCUGUCCCAGCCAGGAAGUAUGGUGAACAGUAGGAACCAGGGUGGUUAUCGUCAUUUAAAUGAUCAGAACCAUAGCAAGAGAGAAGAUAAAUGUAGUCUUGUUGUAUUGGAAUUGAGAUUUUUUGGAAAUGGCAAUUCAUGUCCGAUUGUCUUGACUCUUGAGUGAGCAAUGUCAAGAGAGGGGCGAGAGACGGUUGUAACUUGUAACGGACAGGACGGAUUAACGAGGUCGAGGAGCACACCUACUCAAUGCUCAAUGGGGGGGGGAACUGGAAAGGGCACAAACCCUUUUUUUUUUUUUUGUAUUUUGGUAUUCAACAACGCUAUUUAAUCACGUUCCGUUUGGUUCA